GUUGUCGUGUUAAAGUUAAUCUGAUGUUUUUUCCUCUCAUGUCCAGAUAAACGAGCCCAGUUUGCUCCAGGCUGGACUUUGGGCCUGUUUUCUAACUGCAGGUUCUGAGCAGAUUCUCUCCAGCUGCCCGGGUCCAGUUGCUCUGAAAGCAGCAUGACCUCUGGGACGCUGAGGUCACGUCUGGCUGCUUGUCUUCUGAACGUCUCUGAGGCUCGCAGGACGGACCUGGUGGAGGACGUGGCCAAGGCUGCUCUGUACGAUGCAAAGGGCAUGCAGCGGAAGGAGACCACGGUGCUGAACAUCUUCAACGACCAGGACUACAACCGCUCCGUCAUCACCAUCGUGGCCUCCGUCGACUCCAUCAGUGACGCGGUGCUGCCUGCGUGCCAGGAGGCGUGCGCGCGCAUCGACAUGCGCGGGCACGCGGGCGUGCACCCCUGCAUGGGGUCGGUGGACCUGAUCCCCAUCUACCCGCUGGGGGAGGCGGUGGGGCAGCGGGACUGCGUCCAGCAGGCCCUGGCGGUGGCGCGGGGCCUCACGGAGACCGUCCGCGGCGCCAGCGUCUUCCUGUUCGGCUGGGCGGACGCGGCGCUGCAGCGCGGCCUGGCCCGAAGGCGGAAGGAGACGGGCUGGUUCCGGAAGAGUCCGGACCUGCGGGCGCUCACCGCCGACGUCGGUCCGCCGCCGCGGGAACGAUACGGACUCACAGGAGUCGGCGCCAGUCCCUACGUCAUGAACUGUAACGUCUCCAUCGACACGCAGGACGUCGCCGUCGGCCGCAGCAUCGCCGCCGCCCUGAGGGCGUCGGCGCCCGGUGGGCUUCCUGGGGUCCAGGUUCUGGCUCUGCCACACGAGGGCGCCGUGGAGAUCGCCUGCAACGUGGAGAGCGUGGCGGGAGCCGCACCCGGCGGCCGGACCGACCCACCGUGGCCGCGCUUCGUCGUCGACGGGCGGCCAUAUUGCCACGCCCCGGCCGCCCUCAUCACGGCCCGGGUGGCGGAGCUGGCGGGGCAGUGGGGGGUCGGGGUGAAGGGCACCGCCCUGGUGGGGUUCACCCCCCAGGAGUGCAGGGGCUUAGCUGAGCUGGCUUUGUCUGAGGGGAUCGGGGAGUUCUGGAGGGAGCAGCGAAGGAUCCGCAUGUGAAAACCGAGCAGGAGAAAAACGACACCAACGAUUCUCCCGCAGUGUCAUGUAAAAUCAACUUUAUUACAUCCUGUCGUUCCCUCAUCGAAAUCAAACCUGGAGCUCUGAGUCUUUCAUGUUUGAGAAAGCCUUUCAUCUCCAUGGCAACCAUUCAGCUGAGCAAAAUGCCUGGGAGGGCCUAGCUCCGCCCACGAGCCGCAGAUCCUCCUCUGAGCUGCAGUUUCCAAGCUUCCGACCAGCCGCUCAGCUCCUUCAGACUAGCCUGCAUGAUUUAGCAAAC